AUGUAUUAUAAUAAUCCAAGUCAUCCAGAAAAUUCAGGAAAGCUUUAUUACAUUGAAGAAGUAAUGUCCUGUUUGAAGCAUACGUUUUCAAAAGCGCGUUCGGAGAGCACAUUUCAAAGCAUAGAUGAGUCUAUGGUAAAAUUCAAAGGCCGUUCAGCUCUUAAACAGUAUCUUCCUCUAAAACCAAUAAAAAGGGGCAUCAAGGUUUGGGAAAGGUGUGAUUCACAGUCUGGUUACGUAUAUGAUAUAAACAUAUAUUGCGGGAAAGAAGUUGAUACUCCAGAUAGCACUCUUGGCCAAGGAUUAGGUGAACGGGUUGUAAAGACCUUAUGUAAGUCUAUUAAAGACCUGGAGGUAAUGGUAUGCUUUGAUGGAUUUUUUGCUUCUGUUUCAUUGAUGUCUUCUAUAAAAUUUGCUGUAGUGAGUACAUGUAUGCCAAAACGAAAAAAUCUUCCAAAAUUUGAAGAUUUUGUCGCUAAACAAAACAUGAAGAAAGGCGAUUCUUGCUCUUUAUUUAGCAACGUAGGUGUUGCUGCAUACUUAUGGAAAGAUUCAAAAGAAGUAAUUGUUCUCUCAAACUACCACAGUUCUGAGAUGGAAACUGUAGAACGGCGACAGAAGGAUGGAACUAAGGCUACAGUGCCGUGCCCCAAAGCAAUCAAAGAUUAUAACUCCUAUAUGGGAGGAGUGGAUCUCUCAGAUCAACUCUCCGGCCUUCAGGUUGGUGGUGUUCUAUAA